GUGGAUCGGCGACGCUGCCGACGAGCGAGAAGAACAAGAAGAAGAGAGAAUGAAAUAGUGGAAGAAGACGAAGAAGAGAGUGAGACGGGCACAGAGCUUCGAACUGGUGCUCGCUGCUGAUGUUUGCUGCUGUUUCGAGUUUAAGCCUCGCUUGAGCAAAGUUUCUCAUUGGUGUCGGUAACUUCGUGACUCGGUCACUCAAUGAUUGUGCCCCGUACUAAUAAGAAGCGUCGCAAUCCUUGUAACUUUAAACUCUCCGGUUUAGUGACGUUCAAAUAAUUAUUCAUUAAUCAGUGCUGCUUUGUGAUUUCUUCUUCAUUGUCCAGUGAUUACAGGAGUUUACAAAAUUGUGAGCGUUUAGAAUUUAUGAGAAACGUUAACUGAAAUAUUAAAGUUUGUACCGCUGCUUGGAUUCGGAUAAAUAAACAUUCGUAUUAGUUGAGACGAGUGAGUGACUUUUGCGAAGUUUUCCAGAGAUUAUUCGCAGCUUUUGUCCUUCGAGUAUCGACGAAAACGACUGAUCGGUUAUUUCUGUUUGAAAUUCGACGUUUUCGGAUUAUUUAUUCGUGCUUCAUUCGUCAUCUCUUCGACAAAAAUGAAGAAACACGACGUACGAAGCUACUCGAUUGAUGAAUGAAACGACGUCGACGAUUCCGGUGACGAUGAAAGUUUAUCAUUGACGAAUGAAUGAAACACGAUUUUUCGAUAAACAGAAACUCCGCUGGGGCAAUGUACUAGUGUUACGUGAGAGUCUUGUGCGACUAUUCAAACGUGUCGGUAUCUCGAUGUGCGAAUUGACGUGAGGAGCCGUCGCUCGCGGGGUACGUCGAAGGGUCGUGACGAUUUUUUCUUUUCUCCCUACGCUCGCAUUUCGAUGGAAUGUUAUUUGCCGAUAACUCGGUAGCAGAAAAAACGCUUGAGGACAGUUGAAAGUUAACGGGAGUUCCCUUCGAUUGUCAAAGGAAAGCAAGGUCGCAUGAAACCAACGGAAAUCGAUCGAAAAUUCAAUCUCGUUGGAGAAUAAAAAGUUAGUUGAUGAAAUCCUUGAUCCUCGAGGAUGUCUGACAGUUCGGAUCAACUGUCAUCGCCGAACACCGAGUGCAACAACGUCUCUCGACAGAUGGGUGCUUUACAUCGCAACGUCGGUGGAUCGACGACAUCUUCGACGACCACAAGUCCAAACGCUCCGGUUGGUUACAACAACGGCGGUGGUGCGAUCGGUGCAAUAUCCGGCCUGCCGCUUGGACAUCAUCAACAUCCAACUAUCGCGUCAAACGGAAGUCCCCGUUACCCCCAACAACAAGCCUCGGGCUGUUCUAGUUCGGAAAACCCUUUUAACAAUGUUGUCAUCGCUUCGGAUCACUUGUCCAUUGGCAAUCCCGAAGGUUUCACACCCGAGCAAAUAUCGUGUAUGUGCGAAGCUCUUUAUCAGAGCCAGGAUAUCGAAAAAUUAACAAGGUUUCUCUGGUCUCUGCCGCCCGGCGAACUUUUGCGCGGUGGCGAAAGCGUCCUCAUAGCGAGAGCGGCAGUGGCCUUUCAUCGAGGUGCUUAUCACGAAUUAUACUCGAUCCUCGAGAGUCACCCGUUUUCGCCAAGACGACAUUCGGAACUUCAGCAAAUUUGGUUCAAGAGUCAUUAUCGUGAAGCUGAAAAAAUCCGUGGCCGGCCUCUCGGCGCGGUCGACAAAUACCGAUUGAGAAAAAAGUACCCGUUGCCUAAAACGAUUUGGGACGGUGAGGAAACUGUUUAUUGCUUCAAAGAACGCUCGAGAAAUGCUCUCAAAGAGUGCUACUCGCGUAACAGAUAUCCAACUCUCGACGAGAAAAAAAACCUCGUUAAGAAGACGAGCCUCACCCUCACGCAAGUGUCAAAUUGGUUCAAGAACCGACGGCAGCGAGAUCGCACACCUCAACUGAGAACCGAUAUGGUCUCAUUGAACUGUCAAACAACCGGAAAUGGAAAUCCCAACGGUGGUGUAAGUAACGGUGGAGGUGGACAUCAGUCGUUACAGCCUCUCGAAUCUGGCAGCCCGAAUUUGGCAAUGUCACCACUCUCGACAAUGGGGAUGUCACCGGUUGGCAUGAAUCCUUGUAGUCCGCUGGGAAUGAGUCCAAUGGGUUCUCAUCACCAUGGCUAUACAGCUCCGGCGACACCCUCUUCGGUGCACUCUUCACAUCCGCACAACGGUGGACUCAGUCCGAUGAAUGACGUCAAGACUCUCUGUUAUGGUCGUGGUAUUUACGAUUCUGGCAAAGACAUAGAACAGAGUUCAAUGUAUUAUUCGAGUCAUUCGAGCAUGCAUCAGUACUACCAGCCGAGUCAUCAUCAUCAAAUGAUGAGUACCCACCAUCACCACCACCACCAUCACCAACAGGGCAUGCCGACCGGUUACGAGAUCAUGUUAUCACCGCCUCAACAUUCCAUGUGACCCAUGGAUUGUGAGAUAUCUGACAGGGAGGAUCAGUCGCAUCAUGGGCAGGGAUGCGACGACGUGAUUGCUCGAAUCCAUGCUUACGGAUGAAUGGCAAAAAGCAAAUGAGCUAGAAACUAAGAGAAACAAAAUCCCAAGUGAAUUUUACAACAGUACGGUACAGUGCUCGACGACAUUUCGUAAUACGAACGGUUCGAAAUAGCGUUUUCCUUGAAUCAGAGUCUUAUGGAAAAGAAAAAAAAAAGAAAAAAUAAAAAAAAAAACAAAAUUAUAUAGCAAUGCCGGGAAUAAAAUGUCGCCACGCGAUGACGAGUAGAAUAAUGUGAAUUUCGGUCGAAGAACUCUCAUUUUUUUCUCACCAAUCGAAAGACGAAAGUAGGUGUGAACGGCAUAAUAAAAACCGUGUGUGCGUGUACUCGAGAGAGAGAAAAAGAUGGAGAAUUGGAUCCGUUCUAUAAGGACGCGAGGCCGGAUGAAAAAUAGUGGGGGCAAAAGGUGUGUUCCACAUAGAGACUGGGAGGAGUUGAAAACUGGUUCCUUUUUUAUUUCUCUCCUGCGGUACGAGCUGCUCCUGCAACCGGUAUAAUGCAUUCUGGAUCGAAAAAUGGCCGACCGGAAAGCGGGGCUUGGUUCGAUCCAUUGCAGCGCGUUUUUUAUUCUUUUGUUUGUCCGGAGAGGCGACGAUUCGUGUCGAUCUUGAAAAAAAAAAAACUAUUUCGGGGCUCCAGAAUUACGACGAAUUUUCUAUUCACGAAACUUUCGAUUUUUCUUGUCGAAUCAAUACGACGAAGAAUCAAAGUAUCUCAUGGAUAACGUUUAUAACAUCAUUCGUUUUCAUUGAGUCAACGAAAAAAUCCGAAGUAAUUAUAAAUCAAACGUAUAUUUACCAAAUAUCCGAAAUUUUUAUCGAAAUAAUUAAGUAGCACAAACAAUAUCAGAAAAAAAGUUUUAAUUAUCAGAGUACAGAACUUAAGACGAAAAAAAUCAUUCUUUUCGUUUAUCCUAAUUAAGUGUAAAUAGAUCAGAAUUAUUGAUAUAUAUACAUAUUAUAUAUAUCUUAAAGCAUAUUAGAACGAUGAUGGUGUAUGUAAUGUAUAUAUAACGUGGAAAUAAAAAAAAUUAACAACAAAAACGAGGAUGUAUUAUCACGAGACCAUAUUGCUUUUGAAUAAAUGAAUCUGAAUCAAAACCACAUUUUGAAUUUUCCUUUUUUUCCUAGCUCGAAAUUAUUCCUUUUUCGGUCCUCGUUGUGGGUGGAAACCACUAAUUCUGAUCAGUUAUUCUUUUGGUGUAGGAUAAUUGUUAAUGUUAAUUUUACUGUUAAUUGUUAAUGUUAAUGUUAAUAAUUGU